UAUUGUAAAUACUAAAAGUACCUAUAUCUUAGCUCUGAAUCUUAUAGAGCAGCCUCCCGACAAACAUAAAUGAUUAGAAAAAUAAACAUUUGAGCUGGAAAGACUUCCUCCACGCGUUCGAAAACAGGAAACGCACUGUCAUUGGAUGCCUUGCCCUGUGACGUAACCACAAUAGCCAAUCAAAUGCCUCUGCUGAAGCUCCGCCCAAUGCGGCAGGAUAGUUUAAAAAGUUGCUGCAGACCGGAACAAAGUCAUUCUCUGUUUUAGGAAGUUAGACAGAAAGCUAGGUACAAUGGCAAGAACCAAACAAACUGCUCGUAAGUCAACCGGAGGUAAAGCCCCGAGGAAGCAGCUCGCCACCAAAGCCGCCCGUAAGAGCGCUCCGGCCACCGGCGGCGUCAAGAAGCCUCACCGCUACAGGCCCGGCACCGUGGCUCUGCGAGAGAUCCGUCGCUACCAGAAGUCCACCGAGCUGUUGAUCCGCAAGCUGCCCUUCCAGCGUCUGGUGCGAGAGAUCGCUCAGGACUUCAAGACGGACUUGCGCUUCCAGAGCUCCGCCGUCAUGGCCCUGCAGGAGGCCAGCGAGGCUUAUCUGGUCGGUCUGUUCGAGGACACCAACCUGUGCGCCAUCCACGCCAAGAGAGUCACCAUCAUGCCCAAAGACAUCCAGCUGGCCCGCCGCAUCCGUGGAGAGCGCGCCUAAACACGACUGAUCCACACCGUCAACACCAAAGGCUCUUUUCAGAGCCACCUCAAUCUAUCUAACAGAGUGAAA